AUGGUGCCUCUUCACAUGUUACUGAUGCUAGUAUUAUUGUAUCAUUUAAGCUUCAUUAUCGUUGUAUACAACUUCAACAUGCAAUUAAUUGUGAUGAAGCCAGAGAAAGUGAUAUCUAUAAAGUCGAUCAAUUACAGGCUAUAAGAUGGGUAAAAGUUAAUGGUACAGUUGUUUUAUCUUCCCUACCUUCUCUUAUUGAAGAUGUGAAAAAAAGCAUAUUUGUUAAUCCGGAUGAUGAACUAGCUACUGAGAAGCUUCAGCAAACACUAAAUGCAUUGCAUAUUCAUAAUCUAAUACCAAUUAAAGAUUUGUUAGACUUUGAGAAGAAAAGAACAGAGAUACAUCAACAAUUUAAUGAUGAUGAUUUUGUUGAAGCUGCUACAGAAAUAGACCAUGUAGAAAAUAAAAGAAUUAAUGAUAGUAGGGUUAUAAUAAAGUUUUUACACAAGCUUCAAUCAUAUAUUCAUGAGAAAGUUCAAAAAGAAGAGGCUGAAAAACAGAUUCAAUCUAUACUGGAUCAAUUUUUUCAAA